AUGGAUAAUAAUAAGAAAAGAAUUAGAGAUGAAGAGAAAGGAAAUAAUGUACAUGUGAAGACUGAUAAUAAUAAUAAUAAUAACAAUGACGAUCUACUACAACAAACGACAACUACAACUACGAGUACUGGUACGACCUCUAAACUACUUCAUGGCAUACAAUACAUAGUAGUUGAUGAUACUACUAGAAUAUUAAUGUUUGAUAGUAAUAAGAUAUUCUAUUUUCAUGGUAAAUGUUUGGUUGGAUGUUUAUAUGGAUCAGUUGAUAUUUAUGGUUAUACUAUCAAAGACGAUGACACAUUAUAUGAAGUUUAUUCACCAUUAUCUUCAUCGGCAUUAUCAAUUCAGUCUAAUCAUAAUAAUGGCAAUAAUCAAUUCGAUACAACCAAUUUCAUUCAAAGAUUAAAUAAUAAUAGCAAGACUACCAAUACAAAGAAGAAUAUACCAAAUCUAAAGUUGAUAAUAUCAAAAAUUGAACAAUACUUUGGAGAUAAUCAAAAUUCAUUAUCUGAUAUUCAAUCGAUUGUAUUGAUUCAAACAUCUAUUUCAACUGUAGUAUCCUCAUCGUCAUCACCACCAACUUUAUUGGAUACAACAACAAACGACAUAUAUGAUGAAAACUCAUUAUUUGAUGAACAACAAACAUCAGAGGCACACUUUUCAUAUAGUUUAUAUAAUCUAAGAUCAUUCCAUGAAACAAAUACUAUUUAUAAGGAAUUAAAAAUGAAUGAUUUCGUACCUAUAAUACAACCAAAAAUACCAGUUCAACCAUUAAACAUUCCACCAAAUUGGAUGCAAUUUAUUGAUCAUCAAAUUAUGAAUCAUAAUAUUCAAUAUAAAUUGGCAAUGAUGAAUAAAAAUAAUACAACCAAAAAUAAUAAUAAUAAUAAUAAUAAUAAUAAUAAUAAUAAUAAUAAUCAAUCACCAUUACCAAUUAUAUUAACAUGUGGUUCAAAAGGUGUUGGUAAAAGUACAUUUAAUAGAAUAUUGGUAAAUAGAAUGUUAUCAAAAUAUAAUAAUAUAAUUUAUAUUGAUGGUGAUGCAGGACAAUGUGAAUUUACACCAGGUGGAUUGGUUUCAUUACAUAUUGUAAAUGGACCACUUUUAGGACCAUCAUUUACACAUCUUCAAAAGGCGGUGAGAACCUAUUUCUUUGGAGAGGUUAGUCCAAGACAUAACCCAGAGUACUAUCUCCAUCUUUUAUACCAAUUGAUAGACUUGGCAUUUAUUCUAAUGAAAGAAUACAACAUGCCAAUUAUAUUUAAUACACAUGGUUGGAUUACAGGUUUGGGUCUGUCAACACUCGAAGAAACCAUUAAAUAUCUAGAACCAACUCACAUUGUCAAUAUUUAUCAUCCAAAAUUCGAUCAACAAGGUCAACAAUUUAAUGAUGAUGAUCAAAAUAAUAGUUUUAAUGUUACUCAAGAUACAAUUGAUAAAAUUUUCUAUAAAGAUGAAGAAGAAAAGGAAGAACAAGAAAAGGAAAUGGAAAAAGAAAAUAUUUACACCAAACAUAAUCAAUCAUAUCAAUCAAGACCAAUAUUAUAUAAAUUAAAUUGUUGUAAUAAGAGUGCAGGUGGUAGAACACAUAGAAUAUUAAGGGCAUCACAACUUAGAACAAUAGCACUAGACACUUAUUUUGGAAAUAUUAGUCAUAGUAAUUUGAAUCCAACCAUCGUACCAAUUUCACAUCGUCAACCAUAUGCAAUCAAAUUCAAUCAAAUUAAAGUUGCCAUACAAUCCAAUCAAGUAUCUCCAAGUCAAACAAUGUAUGCUUUAAAUGGUUCAAUCGUUGGUUUAUGUAUUGAUAAAUCUGAAUAUAAUGAUGUUAAUUUUAGACUUAAUUCAGAUUUCCCAUCAAUGUUUACAAAACAAUGUUUUCCAAUUACUGAAUGUAUUGGAUUGGGUAUAGUUAGAUCGGUAGAUAUGACCAAUCGGAUCAUGUAUGUCAUUACACCGACACAACUUGAAGAAUCACAAAUACAAGAAAUCAAUUUAAUCAUCAAAGGAAGUAUGACAUCGAUCGGUGGCGAUCUCUUGCAACAAUCAAAAUCAUCUUCAUUGACUGUUAAUGCCCACGGAGCAAUCUCUUCACCCUAUCUUAGAAGUGAUGUUGUCAAAAAGAAAGGUACGGGAUCUGCAGCAAUGGAAAGAGGAAACGUCGUUGCAAAAAAGAAAACCCGUCUCAAAAACAAUAUUAAUUGGCACUACGGCGGUGACCAAGGGGGGGCAAUCGCCAUCUCUGGGAGGCGACCAACAAACACCAACCCUUCGAGGCGGUUGGAGUCUCUUUCGUCGCAUCUGGAUCAAGAGGGUAGACCUUUCCUUGCUCUCUUGUUUCAAUCCAUUAUUUAUAAUAGUUUCAGACCACCACAAACCGACAAAGUACAAUAUAUUAGUAGUAGUACUUGUUUUUUUUCGCGGAUCUCAUAA